GAUCAUCACUGAAGUGUGUGAUUACUGGACUAUAGUUCCACAAAAUGGACGGUUCAAAUCAUGGGACCCUCCGAGCGAUGCACUGCACAAGCUGGCGUGGCGAUCUCAACGCAGGGCCGAACGAGCUCGUCCAAGGUAAUCACGGAUUUCCAAUUUGCCGCGUUCAACAGAAAAAACCCCCCCUUCUCUCUUAGGGUUUUACAGGGAAUGAAUAUAUAGAAAAAGGAGGCAGAGAAGAAGAGCAAGAAAGGAGAAGACUGGUUAGUUUCGAUGGAAUUCUCUGAUCAAUGGAAAUCUCUAUGGUCCAUCGCCUCCGUGUUUCCGGCACCUCUCCUCCUCGCCUCCUCAGAAACCUCCUCCUUCGGCCCUCUUCACUUCUACCCCACUCUCUCUCCUCCCACCAUCCUCUUCUCUUCUCCAUCUCUCUCCCCUCAAAUCCCUCCCUCUCUCCACCCUUCCAUCUUCCGCCGCUCCGUCCGCUCCUUCUUCGAAUCCUCCAAAACCAGCUUCAUCCCCUCCUCCCUCCUCAACUCCAUCUCCCUCCCACCUUUAACAGGCCCCCAACCACCUCCCAUCUCCCGCAACUCCCUCCAUUCCAUCCGUCGCCCCAACUCCGACCUCAUCCUCUUCUUCUCCACCGGCCCCAACUCCGACUGCAUUGGCUACGUCGUCUUCUCCCCCACCAACCAACAAAUCUGGACUGACAAGGAUGCUGAUGUCUUCAAGCUCCAACUCCCCCUUGAUCACCGCAUCCUCAUGAUUUCAGCCAUUGAUGCUGCGACUGGUCCGUCGAUGUCGGGUAAUUCUGUCACGGAAGGGUUCUUGUUGGUCUGCACUCUUUACUCUGUUCAUUGGAUUAAGGUUGAGACUAGGGUUUCCAGUUCCAAUCAUCUGGACAGACCCAUUCUAGUUCACCUGGCUUCUGUGGAAUUUAAAGUCUGUGUCUUGCAAGCUUGUUGGAAUCCACACAUGCAAGAAGAGAGCAUGGUUCUGUUAGAGAGUGGUGAAUUGCGUCUGUUCGAUCUGAGUCAAUGUCUUGGGGUAUCUCGAUUGCCGGUGAAGUUGCGUGGAACUCGGGUUAAAGUUUCGGAGAGCGAUUUGGCUGCAGGUAGCUUGGAUUCGGGGAAGGGUGAUUGGUUGAGCUGCGAAUUCAGCUGGCAUCCUCGAAUUUUGAUUGUUGCUUGCUCUACUGCUGUUUACUUGGUAGAUUUAAGGUUUGAGCAAAGCAGCGUGACAGUCCUGGCAAAGAUUGAAAUGUGCGAUUCAAUUCAGGUCCACUCAUUGCAGACGGACCGUUUUAUCGCACUUUGCAAGGCAAGUUUUGACGAUUUCUAUUUUUCGGUGGCUACAAAAUACAAUCUGCUACUUUUUGAUACACGGCAGCCAUUAAUGCCUGUCUUGAAAUGGGAUCACAAUCUCAAUAGCCCGUGUUACAUCGAUAUGCACAGAUUGUCAGAGCUGAGGCCGUCGAUGGAGGAUGGUGCAUUCAAGUCUUCUUCUGAAUUUGGUUUUGCCAUUCUGGCAGGGUCUUUUUGGAACUGUGAGUUUAGUCUCUUCUUCUAUGGCCCUCCUCUACCAGCAUCAGGUGCAUCGAUUGCGUCUAAAAUCUCAAAACUAGGCAAUUCGCUGUAUGCAUGGGACCUUCCCUCAGCUCUCUCAUUAUCAGGGCGUGAAUGCCGCUGUGGCAACUGCCUUGUAAGAGAGGACUUCUCCAAGGCCAUGCUUCCGGUUGGUGUUGAUUGGCAGCUGAAGAAAGAAAUGGUGUUGGGAUUUUGUAUCCUCCCUGAAUAUCUCUUUUUGCCAAAGCCUGCAUGUGGUUUGGAGAAUGCUCCUGAAGAUAAUGGUCUUGGCGGGUUCACCUUGAUUAGGCUCAUGUCAUCUGGAAAGCUCGAAUUGCAGAGGUAUCGAGCAUCAUGUGAUUUUGUGGGUAUAAAAUGUGACAGGAAAGAAGCUUCAUUACACUUUGAAGAUUCUUUGCUGUACUCUUGGGAUCAGGAAGACGAUGCUCCUACUAAAUGUCAUUAUCUGAAGUUGGACAAUCUCUCUGGACACCUCAAUGGAAAUCUUGCUGACGUCUUGGCCUCAAAGAUGCAGAACCAUCAUUUAAACCGUGCUGGAACUGAACAAGGCGACACCCGCAAGAUAUCUUAUACUCGGGAUGCAAGGGAACUUAUACGUGAUAGGUUGAAGGUUGCCGGUGUCGACCCAAUUGGGUCAUUUCCUGCAACUGUUGAUGUUCUGAGUAGCAUCAACUUUCCCACGAGCAUACAUGAAAUCGCAUCCAGUAGAAUAUGGUCAGGUUUGCAGUUGGAUCUUUUACAGAUGGCAUUUUUCAAGCAUUUGGAUCUUCUCAUGUGUCAAACGGACAGGUGGGUGGAAUUCCUUGAUGUUCCUGGCUUUCCUCCUGGGCAGAUGCCACCAUUUUUCUUGAGGAAACCAUCCAGAAGAAGUGAGAAAUGGCCAUGCAAAGCAGAGCAAGGAGAUACUCUUGCUGGCCCAGUCCUUCCUCUUACUGUGUUGCUUACCCUUCAUCAAAUCAGUAUGGGCAGUACUUUUGGCCCGAAAGGUGGAGUGGAUGGAUUUUCAAUGGAGACGGAAUUGACCAAUCACUGCAAUGAAUUCAUUAACAUGGCUAAUGAUUUGUUAUCAUGUGAUGACACCCAUUCUGUCUCCCUUGCUAGUGACAAUGAGAAGUGGGUUGCUUCUCAAGAGGUGCAAUGUCAGAAAACCUUUUUCUUCUAUGAACCCAAGGCACAUUUAGAUGCUGGCACAAUGUGCCAUGAAAAGAACAACACUGCUGAGCGCUCGGUAAAGGAAGAGUCCAAUCAGACAGACAGAGUGUCACUGCCUCACUUGGUGCCAGGAUCCACUGUUGAAGACAAGAAAUUCACAACUUUUGUUUCUCGGAUACAAUACAAAGCAUCUUCUCCAAAUGAUGGGCAGGAGAAUAUUGGGUUGGAAAUGUUUGAUGAUCUAAGCCCGGUGCAGUUGAAGUUUGAUUCACCUGCAAUGAACUUUGGCCCAGAGGAGCUCAAUGUUUAUAAAUGCUUGAAGAGACAGUUUUCGAAAUGGCAAGAGAGUUUCAAGCCAUAUGAAGAUUUCUGUACUUCAAAUAAGAUUCCUAAGCAAACAUAGGGAUUUCUUGAGUUGAAAACAAUAGCCCUUAUCCCUGGCAUGCCAUGAAUCUGGAGUCUCAAGAAUGCACUUUCACAAA